AUGGCUUCUGAGUCCGCGUCUGAUCACCCGGGUUCCCGCGAUAUGCCUUCGGACUCAGGGAACAUGGGCACUACUCUCGAAGAUGGAGAACUGGACUUCGUUCGAGACGAGGACUUCUACUUCAAUAGCAUCGUCUUCCGUGCAGGCAAGACGCACUUCAAGGUUCCUGCGUAUGCACUGCCUACUGAGGACGGUGUCUUCUCGGCGAUGUUCGAGUUCCCCAAUAAGAACGGAGAGGGUUCAAGCGAUCGGAAUCCCAUACGUCUUCCUGAAGAAGUGACGGCUAUGGACUUCCGUAGCUUUCUCAAAGCGUGCAUCCCGAUGCCUGACAACGUCGAACCACCCAAACUGACAGUCCACGAGUGGAUGAGCGUGCUCAAGCUCUCCAAGAUGUGGUGCCUCGAGGAUCUCAGCGAGCAAGCAAACGAAGGUGCCGAUGAUGAGGUCUCUGCAAUAGCCGAUGCAGCCGCGGACGGCAUCCUCCAAAAAAUUCUCCUCGGCAAGCAAUACUCCAUAUCUCGUUGGUUACUCGAGGAAUACGAGAGCCUCGGAAAGCGCGAUACAUACCUCUCCGCAUCUGAGCGUACUGUGCUGGGCGUGGAGACGUCUUUCCGGAUAUCGGAGCUGCGCGAGAAGAGCUGGACUUGGGCUCAUCCUCGGCGACAAACCGUAGCUGUGACUGGCGUAUUCUAUGCACCUGUGUCUAGCGGGGAGUCGUACAAGGAUAGGGACGGGUUCGACUAUGCGUCUGCUAUCAAGACCAUCUUUGAUAGCGAACUCCGCAUGGAUCCCAGCUAUGGCUGUCCGUGUCAGUCCCCAGUAAUCACAUCGCCGAAACAGACAGUAGCAAAGAAGACUGCUCUGAAGAAGAAAAAGAAGAAGAAAUAG